CUGUUCACUGCUGGGGUCCCCAUUUUCCAACUUUUACUUCUGAGACUGGAAGAAGACAAGAAACACCUCCCCACCCCCUAUCCUCUGCUUCCACGCCCGCGACUCAGCCCAGGUGACCCAAACGGCUGAGUCAACUUGGCGCAAUCGGAGCGUCCCCAUUGUGCCGGCCGCCCCCAGCCCCCUUCGCCCCUCGCUUGGCCCCACAAUGCGCCCUUGUGCCGCGCCUGCAGUCAGGCCGGGGAUUUGGCGCAGGGAUGGGGGGAAUAUUCGUCAGAUAUUUAAAACAGAGCCGAGAGAACAAAGCAGUCCUUUGUGCAGCGAGGCGGCCCGGGAGCUGGGAGCCGCCGGUCCCCGAGCACGGUGCUGGGCCAGGCGAAUGCGCAUGCGCGCGGCGACCUGCGAGCUCGGGUUCCGGGCCGGCUUCUACCCAGUUCAAUUACCUGGUGGUCAUAAGAAAGCAAAGGGAUUUUUAUGUGACAUCAUCUUGGCAAGAAGCUCCCUUACCAUCCUUGACCUCCAGGCCUCCAUGGCAACUGCUGCUGGGACAUCAUUGGCACCAGAUUAUGUCCCUUAAAGGCCACACUGCAGCAAGAGCAGAUAAACAAUUUCAUGGCAACAGUCACGUAGCAAACUCAUUCUUAAAUGUGGGCUGGUUAGUUAGGAUGAUGUAAGUGGUUUUUUCCACUCUCUUCCACAUUCUGGCUCCAGAAUUCUGGGCCUAGGGCACAGUCAAAGAAUGUACCUUGGGGUAUGAGGUAAGAAAACAGGCUGGAGUGGGACUGGAAGAAGUACCUUCUUCUAGACACAGGGACAAAUUCUCUUUCCUUUCCCAGUUGAGAGUUCAUUUUCUGUCUCGGUUCAACAAAGGCAUGUUAUCUUUAUGUAAAGGAAGCUGUAGUAGACGGUCUCCAAGAUGGCAGCCUUUAGUUCUUUCCCUCCUCAGAUUCAUGAGCUGCUUCUCACCCCUUAAAUCUGGUCUACCUAUAGUGAUUUGCUUGACCAACAGAAUAUGGUAGGAGCAACAUUCUAGAACUUCUGAGGGUUGGUUGUAAGAAGCUUUGCAAUAUCUGCCUGGAUCUCUUAGAACCUUCAAUACUGGGACACUUGCUCUAGAAAUCAGCCACCAUCCUGUGAGAAGUCCAAGCCACAGAGAGAGGCCAGAAAUAGUUGCUGCCGUCAAGAGCCCCAGCUGAGCUCUCAGCCAACAUUCAGCAUCACUGCCAGCCAUGUGAGUGAGUGAUGGUGACCUUGGAUGUCCAGCUCAGUAGAAUAUUCAGAUGAUUUUGGCCCUAGCCAUUCCAACUGCAAGACAUCCUGAGUGAGCUGAGCCCAGUCAACAGAGAUGUGAGAGAUAACGAUGCAUUCUUUCGAGACACUAAGUUUUAGAGUGUCUGUUGUGUAGCAGUAGGUAAUUCAAAAGGAAUGAAAUGCUAGAUGGGGCGUGGAAGAUAGGAGAGGACCUCCUGGUAUCUCAGCACUUUGAAAGGCUUUAUUUAUCAGGAUUUUUUGCCCCUGCAUCCCACCAACACCAUCACUGCUUUCUGAGCUGUGUCUGGCAUACUGCACCACACAAACCUUGCACUGCUCACUAACUGUGCCAUGUGUAUUAGCCUCCUCAUCCUGAUGGUGGACACCUUGAAGGUAGGGACCUAUAUGAUUUGAUUCCUACCCUCCUUAGCACUGACAGAUUUGUCAAGCUGUUCCAGUGGAUAAAUACAGGGGAUGACUGCUGGAGCAGCAUCUUGAGGUAUUUAUGUGGCUUGGCUUCUGAUCUUUGACAUUUGAUAACUGAUGAACACGCUAUUAGGGCCCACCCAGGAGCCAGUCACACCAUGGAGGAGUCUGAACCUCAUCCACACUGUGGCCACUCAGGGGAAGGAGACCAGGGCCAAGAACGUAGUUGCUAACCUCCUGCUUAGAUUUGCUUCUUGGGGACAGCCCUGGAAACCCAAAGAAGAGCUAAAACUGUGUGGAUGGAAGAAAACCCUCAGAACCCAUUCACAGAGAUACCAGGAGCAGCUGAGAACCUAUUGUAGGAAGGACACAUGUUCAAGACCUCCCCCAGCUGCCCAUCUAGGGACAUGGAUGUUUAAGCCAUGCUAGGGUCAGAAGUGGGAACAUAGGUCAGCUUGAGUAGAAACUGGUGCCUGUGCAGGAACCCUGCCUUCUGUGGGCCCAGCUGCUCGGGGGGCCGAGGAGGGAGGAUGGCUUGGGUCUGGGAGGUCGAGGCUGCAGUGAGCCAUGUUUGCACCACUG